GCCUUCUGAUUACAUGCUUGGGGGGUCGUAUCCAAUGAUGCAUACGGGGACAAGCCCGGGCCAAGACCUCACCUCCGCAGUCAACAGUUAGCCUGUGACCAUGACGCACGCGGCGGCAAGCGUUGUAGUAUUUGCACUGCUCACACGAUGCAGUGCCGAGAUAUCAAACAACCAGCCGACGGCGUGGUACGCGGCCAACGUCAUCACCGACCCAGGAUUCUCACCGAAGCCUUUGUCAGAAAUAUUCCCAACUGACAAAACGUUUUCCCCAGCCAUGCCCAUCGUUGUACUGAGCUCUACCACGCAACUGCCUGCAGAGAAAACUGAAUCUCCUUCAACUGAAACCCCGGUGCCUACCACUGCACCACAGACGCUUCAGGGCGGUUCACAGAACCCGUACCAAGUACAGAAUAGCACACCGGGUCCUUUCUCCACACAGAACACACCAGGCGGGUUCCAGAUCCAGAAUAGCCCACCGUUCCCGUUCCAGAACGGUCCACCUGGCCAGUUCCCCUUCCAGAAUGGACCACCCGGCCCCUUCCCAUUCCAGAAUGGUCCACAGGGCGCGUUCUGGCCCCAAAAUGGUCCUUCAGGCCCAUUCCCGACACCAAACAUCACACCGAGUCCGUUCCCUGCACAAAACCCACAACAACAGUUCUCUACAGAGACCACCUCUCAAGUUAACACAGCCGCACCGUCUACAUUUGCGCCCACACAAGCUCCAAACCAGCCGUCAACAACUGUCGCGGCCGCCAGUACUGUCGCUCCACUCAAUGCGUCCCGUCCGACCAUCCCUUACGUCAGAAUACGGAUGCAAAGCCCAUCAGGAGCCAUCACCAACAUCCAAGUGAACCAGCCGACAACCAUCCGCCGUCCAACAACCACCAGGCGGACCAGAAGGAGAAAGAACAACUACGACGACUGCGUGGAUGCCUGUGGUGGGAGAAGGACGCCUGUAUGUGCCGCGCCUCUGGCGUCCAACCCGAUAGACCCGGACACUCUGAAGGGAUUCCCCUCAAUCUGCCACAUGGCGUGUCAUAACUCCUUCAGGAAGAACUUAUUCGAGAAGGUAGUCGACGGUCGGUGCGGCCACCUCCGCACUCGCAUCCAGACUAUCGACUCCAACACCAAGCUCAAACGAAACCAGCUGAAUAGACUACAGUACUCUGUGGUACAGAGCCCUUCGACUGUCAUCGAGUUCAACCCUGUGUCUUAGGAGAGAGCUGAGAGGUAGAGUGUAGGUUUGAUUGUAUUGUGUUUGUGAGUUUUGUGACUAGAGAAAGAGUAAUGGUAUGUCUUGAUGAAGCGCAAAUUCGCUUUGAAUAUGAAUAUUUUCGUAACUUAAUUAUACACAUAAAGUAUGUGCAAAUACUUGCUGAGAUUAAUCGGGAUGUAAGAAUGUCAGAGCAUUUCAACUGUAAGGAAUGGAUGGAUUGAAUCUUGAUUCAUGUAAAAGACAAAUAAAACUGCAAAUAUGCUAUAACGCUUCAUGUUUAAAGAUUUGGUAUCGAUUACCUAUUAACUAAUCCCAAAAACUAACAUGCUUUAAAGUUGGUGAAGCUUUACCUUUAUCAAUGAGAUUAAUUAUUGUAUUGGCUAAAUUUAUAAUUAUGAUGAAGGCUUACACUUGUUUUGUUAUCAUUCUGUAGACACUUUAGUUGAUGAUGAUGUAAAAAGUGGGCACAAAAAAUAUGGUUAACCUAUUGAUUAGGUACUGAUAUUAGUUAAGUAUUCAAACACUUAAUAGUUAUAAGAACUAAUGAUGAGGCAUGCAAUACGUUAAUUAUAUUAAUACUAAUACGUACUAACUUAGUAUAAUACCUAGUGUCCAUAAAGACAAAGUUUAGCAUAGCUAACAAAAAGUAUGGAUGAAUUAAUGUGAUGAAUGAAUGCCAUUAACUUAAUGUAAGUUUUGUAAGUAUUUUGAAACAUUCCGUCCAUUGAGGUGCUUAAUUGUUGAGGUUAAACCUUUUAUUGUUUUUAUACUUGAACUGAAAAUAAAGUAUUAUGUUUAUAGUU